GAAACCCAGUCUCUGACAAGUUCGUUAGAAUAAUAGCAAACUUUUUCCCCUGAUAAUGAACGUCGUAAACAUUGUUUUUGUAGUUUUCUUGGGGUAAAAUAGACCGAAAAUUUAUAGGAAAUGGCUCCUAAGAAGAAAGAAGCCAGUUCAAAAUCCCGUCCGACCCUCGGAGAGGAUGAGUUGGAGUGGCUCAGGCCACGAACCCUUCUUAAACCUGAAGACCAGGAAGAACUGGAUGAGGCGGACCUAGAUGAAGACAUAGCCCGGAUCCUCACCACGACCAACCCGCUGUGGGUAGCCGAGGAGGUGGCGUACCACUACGGGCAGGGCCAGUUCGCGCUGAAGCCGCGGCAGGCGUACGGCAAGGCGUACCCUCUGUACGUGUUCCAGGGGGCCGCUAUCAGGAAGGACUCUGAUGAGGCGAAGGCGCAGGUCGCUGCUGGAUAUGGGGCGGUGACGUUCGACGACGCGGGCCCGAAGCGCGUGAAGGUGAAGAAGUCGGCGGCCGAGGAGGAGGAGGAGGAGGAGCCGGAGCAGGAGCCCGCCGCCGGGGACGAGGCCAAAGUCGAAGAGGAAGCCCAAGCUGAAGAAGAGAGGCAGAAAGAAGAAGAGCCAGGCGAGCAGGCACCCGAGCAAGCACCAGUGAGGGAGGUGAAGGUGGAAGAGGAAAUGGGCGCGGGGGAGGGGGAGGGCGGCGAGGUCGGCGAGGAGGCCGAGACUGAGGAGAAACCAGAAGAGAUUGAAAUCAUGGGUGAAGAUGAAAUAAUUGAAAUAAAGCCGAGAGUAAAGAAAUUGGCUAACCAGUUCAACUUCUGCGAGAGAGCUGCCCUCACCUACAACUAUCCAAAAAGGUCGGUGGAAACUCAAACCAUACCGCCGCCCCGAGCCACCUACGGCCACACGGCACUGCAGUCAGUCAUAUUCGACUUCUAUCAGGAAGAUUAUGCCAAGAAGUUGAAGGAAAAGGAGGAAGAAAAACCAAAGAGGCUUCGUAAGAAAGCGGCCAAGCACGUGAAGACAGCCCAAGAAGUGCAUGAUGAGCAACUGGCGCAGCGCAUCCGCGAGGCGUGGGCCAUCCUCGAGCGACUCGUCAACCAGAACAUCUAUGAUGAUAUCGCCCAAGACUACCGCUACUGGGACGACCCAUCGGACGAGUUCCGCGAGGGCCAGGGCUCGCUGCUGCCGCUGUGGCGCUUCCAGUUCGAGCCGAUGCGCCACCACGCCGCCUGCGAUAUACAGUGGAACCCUCAUUAUCAGGACCUGUUUGCUGUGGCUUAUGGCUCUCUGGACUUCACGAACCAGCUGAAGGAGGGCUGCGUGUGUCUGUACAGCAUCAAGAACCCCGCCUACCCGGAGUACGCCGUGGUCACCGACUCUCCCGUCAUCUGCCUCGACGUCUAUAAGGAGACGCCAUAUCUUAUAUGUGUUGGUUUGUACGAUGGUAAUGUUUGCGUCUACAACUCACAACUGUCUCUCGAGUCGUCCUACCAGUACAAGUCGGACUCUGUCCGAGACAAACACAGUAAUAUUGUGUGGGAAGUCCGUUGGGGCCCGCGGCUCAUCGACGGAGAAGCAUCCUUCUUCUCGAUCUCCGGCGACGGGCGCGUGGUGCAGUGGGCGGUGAUGCCGGGCGAGCUGCAGGCCACCACCAUCAUCACGCUGCGCUCCGCCGUGCCGCCCUUCCCCGGGCCCGACGGCACCAUGCUCACUGUCAAUAGCUGCGGCAGCUGCUUCUGCUUCCACCCGGACAAGAAGGAUAUCUUCAUGGUGGGCACGGAGGACGGCAUGAUCCACACGUGCUCGCUCAAGUACAACCGAGACUACGUCAACUCGACCCAAGGCCACCACAUGCCGGUCUACCGGAUUGAUUAUAAUCAUUAUAACAACAAUAUUUACAUCAGUUGUUCGGGCGACUGGAGGGUCAAGAUCUGGGAGGAUGGGAGAAGUGAGCCGCUGUUCAUGUUCGAGCUGGGCUCGCCGGUGGGCGACGUGAAAUGGGCGCCCUACUCCAGCACCGUGUUCGCCGCCUGCACUGCCGAUGGAAAGGUGUUCGUGUACGAUUUGAAUGUGAAUAAGUACCGGCCUAUUUGUGUCCAAGCUGUGGUCUCCAAGAAAAACAAGAAACUGACUCGCCUCGACUUCAACGCACGACUGCCUAUUAUUGUGUGUGGCGAUACCAAGGGGACCUGCCAUGUACUGAAAUUAUCUCCGAAUUUGAGAGUUAUGUGUAAACCGCCGAAGAAAACUAAGGAGAUUCUUGAUCAAAGAACGCUUCAGAUAAUGAAGCUGGAUAAACUACUGACGCUUGUGCGAGAUCCCCCCUUCACUCCGGGAGUGGUCGAUGAAAAAUUUGAGGAAGACUAAUUUUGAUGUGUGUUUUCAUUUUGUUCAAUGUAUUUUUUGUAAGACUGCCAGUUUAGAUCGAGUUUUGUUUCAGUGAUUUGUCUAUCUAUGAUAUUAUGUAUUACUUAGUUUUAUGAAAUAAAACAAAUACGUAAGUUUGUCGGUUUAUUUGUGAAUAUUUUGAAAGAGGUUCUAGUAGUUUAUAAUGGGAAUAAGUCAGUAUCAAUAGUCUUCAACUCAAUAUUACAUAUAUUUCAUUCUACUUACCACAAGUAUUUACUGUGUGCUUAGUGAUAAUCUUGUAAUCUAUUUAGUAUAAUAAUAAUUGAGAUAAACCUCUAUAGUUAAAACAAUGCCAUAUUAUAUACAAUAGGCUUUUAAAUGCAAUAUGCGCCAUAGGAAAACUAUCUUAUUACUAAUGACUAGAAUAGAAUAAGUAACGUAAUAAAUAAAUGCAUAUGAGUAGAAAUUAUAACUAACACUAUAGCGUAACAUAAUAUAAUCCUUUAUAUAUUGGUGUUUUGGAUUAUUUUGUACUCUAUUAGGUACAUGAUAAAUGUGA